GGUGCGGCUCCAGGAAACGGCGCGCUCGCCACUCAGCGCUCCCGCGACCCGACGCGCCCCGGACAACCCGCCGACUUAGCCGGACCACCCGGCGGCCCUAGCGGCCGCCCCGGGGAUAUCGGCCCCGGGUCCGAGCCUCGAACAUCUCCGACGGACGGGGCGGGCGGCUCGGAUAGCACCCCCGGAGGCCAUGGAGACCCAGGGCCGGCCAGCGGUCCCAGGCCAGCGGGAGCCCCGAGUCUGAGGAUACAGCGGCCGGGGCGGCGGGGGCCAUGACCUCGGUGUGGAAGCGCCUGCAACGCGUGGGCAAGCGGGCCGCCAAGUUUCAGUUUGUGGCCUGUUACCAUGAGCUGGUGGUGGAGUGCACCAAGAAAUGGCAACCGGAUAAGCUGGUGGUGGUAUGGACCCGUCGCAACAGGCGCAUCUGCUCCAAGGCCCACAGCUGGCAGCCAGGCAUCCAGAACCCAUACCGGGGCACCGUGCUGUGGAUGGUGCCGGAGAACGUGGACAUCUCUGUGACCCUGUACAGGGACCCUCACGUGGACCAGUAUGAGGCCAAAGAGUGGACGUUUAUUAUUGAGAAUGAGUCCAAGGGGCAGCGGAAGGUGCUGGCCACCGUGGAGGUGGACCUGGCCCAGCACGCGGGGCCCGUGCCUGCCCCGGUCCCCCUGCGGCUGCGGCUGAAGCCCAAGUCGGUGAAGGUGGUGCACGCCGAGCUGAGCCUCACCCUGUCGGGGGUACUGCUUCGCGAGGGCCGCGCCACGGACGAUGACAUGCAGAGUCUUGCGAGCCUCAUGAGCGUGAAGCCUAGUGAUGUGGGCAACCUGGACGACUUUGCUGAGAGUGACGAGGAGGAGGCUAAUGGUCCGGGUGCCCCCGAGGCACGGGCUCGUGUCCCCCAGCCAGAUCCCGAUCCCUCUCGGGAGCUGAAGACACUUCGUGAGGAGGAGGAGGAGGGCCGGGCGCAGCCCAAGCAGGCAGGUCUUAGACAGCCAGGCCAGGAGGUGGCCCCCACCCCAGCCCCUCGGCUCCGGAAAGGCUCUGAUGCCCCCUGGCCUCCAGUCCCCCAAGGGGAAGAGGAGGCUCCCAAAGUCUCAGGGCCUCCCCCAGCAGAAGUGGGUUCUUCUGAGCAGCCCCGGGCCCAGGAGAGCCCGCAGGAAGGGACAGAGGUUCAGGGAGCCAGGCUGGGCCCAGGCAUUGAGGAUGGGGGCUCUGGAGACUCUUGGGGAGGGCCGAAACCUAAGGUUGAGGGGAGAAGCACUGGGGAUAGGCUGGGGACUGGGGGAGUAGACAUUGAGCUGGAGUCAGGGGUCAGGGAGGUGAACACUAAGAGGUCAGACGUCAGAGCCGGGGAGGCAGAAGGAAGUUUAGAAGGGAGUCAAGUGGCUGCUGAGGAGAUGUCAAAGGUGAGACAUGUGGACACUGAGGGACCAGAGGCUACAGGGGCGAUGCCCGAGGCAAGAUUCAAGGGGACUCCUGAAGCUCCUCCAAGGGGCUCUCAGGGGAGGAGGGCGGUCAGGACCAGGGAUGAGGCUCCCAUAGUCCUGAGCCCACCCCCCGCAGAACCUGCAUGGCACUCCCAGCAUCUCAGUAACAUCAGCGGGGCCGGGGGUGCUGCAGGCCAGGAGAGAGAGAGUGCAGAGGUGAGAGGCAGAGCCCCUGGUUUUGGGGGGACAGGCCUGGAGCAGGGUCCCUCUGUUGGAGCGGCAAAGGCCAGGCCCCAGGUGAGCGGGCAUCAGGGCGCUCCAUCAGCUGGCCAGGGGGUGAUGUCUAGGGAUCUGGGGGUCUGGGAAGCAGACACUCGGGAUUCGAGGGUCCUGGGAACAGAGACCGUGAGGGCAGAGUCAGAGGUACUGGAGACCCAGGAGACCAAAGCGGGGGGAUCAGGGUUCCCAGAGAUAGAGAUGGGGACAGCAGAAGCUGAGGCCUUGGGGGCCCAGGAGACAGAGCUCGUGAGCUCAGGGGUCCUGGAGUCAGAGGCAGCUGGCAUGGCAGAGUCUGAGGAUCUGGGAGCCCAGAAAACAGAGGCUGAAGGUUCAAGGUUUCUGGGGACAAAAUCUAGGACGGCAGAGGCUGAGAUAUUGGGGACCCAGGAGAUAGCUGGUGGUUCAGGCAUACUGAGGCUAGAAACUGAGAUAGCAGAAUGUGAAAUAUUGGGGGCCCGGGAGACAGAGGUGGGGCGUUCCAGGAUGCCAGAGAUAGAGGCUAGGGCAGCGGAGGCUGAGAUAUUGGGAACCCAAGAGGCCAAGGUAGGUGGUUCAGGGAUAAAAUCUGAGAUAGCAGGGACCCAAGAAACAGAGGUAGGGAGCUCAGGGGUCCCAGGGUUCGAGACUGAGACAGCAGCAGCCGAUAUACCGGGGACCCAGGAGAUAGCAGCUGGGGAUUCAGGGAUUCCUAGGAUAGAAAAUGAGAUAGGAGCCCAGGAGACAGAGGUGGGGGAUUCAAGGGUUUUAGGUUCAGGAGUUGGAAUGGCAGAGGCUGAGAAACUGGGGACUCAACGGACAGAAAGGACAGUUUUAGAGUCUGAGAAGGAAAAGGCUAAGACUUUGGGGGUCCAGGAGGCAGAGUCUGGGCUCUGGGACACUCUUCAAAAUGAAGCUUUACAGGAAUCCAUCACUAAGUGUGGAGUUUUAGGGCCCCAGGGAGCAGAGGCAGAGACCACAGUUUUGAGGGCCCAGGAGGUAGAAAGUGAGGUUUUGGGAAUUUCAGAGGCCAAGUCUGGGGCUUGGGGGGCCCAGGAAGCAGAAAUGGAGAUUUCAGGGCCUCCAGAGAACGAAUCUGGUAUUUUUGAGGCCCAGGAAGCAGAGGCUGGGGUCUCAGGGACUGAAAAGGGACAAGAAGCUGAGGGAAACCUCCCCGAGGCCAGCCUGAUUGAGGUGCAGGUGGCCAGUGGGGCAGGGGCUGGGGUGCCCAAGCCCUCGGGGGCCUCUUCCCCAGAGGAGCCUGAAGAAGACGGGAGGCUGCCGGGCAGCCAGGCACCACGUGCUCCGGUCAGCUCUAGUCAGUCCCUGCUGGAGUGGUGCCAGGAAGUCACCGCUGGGUACCGUGGUGUCCGAGUCACCAACUUCACUACAUCUUGGCGCAACGGCUUGGCCUUCUGUGCCAUCCUGCAUCGAUUCUACCCAGACAAGAUCGACUAUGCCUCCCUGGACCCACUCAACAUCAAACAGAACAAUAAGCAGGCCUUCGAUGGCUUCGCGGCUCUGGGCGUGUCGCGGCUGCUGGAGCCGGCGGACAUGGUGCUGCUGUCGGUGCCCGACAAGCUCAUCGUCAUGACGUACCUGUGCCAGAUCCGCGCCUUCUGCACCGGGCAGGAGUUGCAGCUAGUGCAGCUGGAGGGCGGCGGCGGCGCGGGCACGUACCGCGUGGAUAUGGAGGUGCUGGUCCAAGAUGGCCUAGGUCCAGAGAUGAGGUGCAUCAGCUCACAAAAGCCUGUGAAGCCCAACCCUGAGAACCAGGACUGUGAGGCUCCUAGAGUGGGAGUGGACUGGCUCCGGAUCACAGGGCCAGGCGGAGGGAAGGCCAUGGCCUUCCCUUGCAGAGGCACUUUCCCUGGAGGGGCGGAGGGUGGGGUUCCCAGCGGGCAGGACUGGAGGAGCAGCUGGGGGUGGGCGGGGCCUGGAACGGGGCCUUGCCUCCCUGUGUGGCCUGAGGCUCAGGCUGGCCCUAGGGCUGGGCUGUUGGGGAGCCCCGCAAGCCCUCACUGGCCCCUUUCUCCACAGGAAGGCCUGGGCCCUGACCCCAGCCCUGCCCCUGGCCCACCUACAACCGCAGCCCCACAGCAGCCCCCUGGUGGGAGCCCCCCACCGGAGGAGCCACCACCAAGUCCAGGGGAAGAGGCUGGGCUGCAGCGGUUCCAGGACACAAGUCAGUACGUGUGCGCAGAGCUUCAGGCCCUGGAACAGGAGCAGAGACAGAUAGACGGGCGGGCAGCCGAGGUGGAGACACAGCUGAGGAGCCUCAUGGAGUCAGGUGCCAACAGGUUGCAGGAAGAGGUGCUGAUCCAGGAGUGGUUCACGUUGGUCAACAAGAAGAACGCGCUCAUCCGCAGGCAGGACCAGCUGCAGCUGCUCAUCGAGGAGCAGGACCUGGAGCGGAGGUUCGAGCUGCUGAGCCGGGAGCUACGCGCCAUGCUAGCUAUCGAAGACUGGCUGAAAACGGCCGCGCAGCAGCGCCGAGAGCAGCUUCUGCUGGAGGAGCUGGUGUCGCUGGUGAACCAGCGGGAUGAGCUGGUCCGGGACCUGGACCACAAGGAGCGGAUUGCCCUGGAGGAGGACGAGCGCCUGGAGCGGGGCCUGGAGCAGCGGCGCCGCAAGCUGAGCCGCCAGCUGAGCCGGCGCGAGCGCUGUUCGCUGAGCUGAGGCCUGGCCCGCUCGGACCGCAGGCUUUCUCGCCGCCUCCGGACUGGCGCUCCGGAGGACCGGGACCGCUCCCCCGACGCAGCGCGCCGCUCCACAGGGCCGCCGUGCCCCGUGUGUGUGUAGAGGUGGGGGGGGAGCGAGGCGCCCCCUGGGGGCCCGACAGACAGGAGCGGCUGGACGGCCGUGCCGUCCGGGCCGUAUUUAUUUGUCCGUGUGAGUGUGUGUGCGUGUUUGCGGGUCCUGGGGGUCCCAGGAGCGCCCCGCAGAGCCCCUCCCUGAUGGCAGUGCCCUGGCCAGCCAGCAGGGGGGACAGGGAUGGCGAGUGAACCUCGGCGCCCCGCCCUAUCCCCCUUUCCAGAUCUUCGUGAGCAAUAAAGUUGGACGAGGCAACACCA